UGCUGACGCGGGGAGGGAGGAGGAGGGAUUGGGUGUUGCCUCGGUCUCCGAGUUGAAGUCAGGAUUCCCAGUCGAGGUCCAGUCCGUUACCCACCGUCACAUCGAGAUCCCUGACCGCCUGCUGUUACCUCUGCGCUGAAUACCGAACAACGAAAACAUCAUGGGAGUGGAAGGCUGCACCAAAUGUAUCAAGUACCUGCUCUUCUUCUUCAACUUCAUCUUCUGGCUUGCAGGAGGUGUCAUCCUGGGCGUGGCCCUAUGGCUGAGACAUGACCCGCAGACCAGCAACCUGCUGGACCUGGAGUUAGAUGGAACCCACGCCCCAAGCACCUUCUACAUCAGUGUCCACAUCCUGAUUGCGGUGGGCGCAGUUAUGAUGGUGGUUGGUUUCCUUGGGUGUUAUGGCGCCAUCCAGGAGUCCCAGUGUCUUCUGGGAACUUUCUUCGCCUGCCUCGUCAUCCUGUUCGCCUGUGAGGUUGCCGCUGGAAUCUGGGGCUUUAUGCACAAAGAAACCGUGUCAAAGGAGAUGAUGAACUAUUACGACUCUGUGUACGACAAGGCCAUGACACAAAGUCUGACUGAUAACGAUAAGAAGAAGGCGGCUGCCUCUGUGCUCAAAGUCUUCCAUGAGACGCUGGUCUGCUGCGGUAAAGGACAGGGGUCUUCGCUUUUUACACAAUUCACAGACAUGUUCGGGAUGACAGACAUCUGCCCCUCAAGUGGAACCACAGUGAGCUGCCACCAAAGGAUCCAGGAACUCUUCUCAGAUAAGAUUUAUCUGAUCGGCAUCGCCGCCCUGGUGGUCGCCGUCAUCAUGAUCUUCGAGAUGAUCUUCAGCAUGGUGCUGUGCUGCGGGAUCCGUAACAGUCCUGUGUACUGAGGCGUGGGCGUCCAGCCGCUGAAGGAGGGAUGACCUCGCCGUCUGUCUCCGUCUCUUUUUCUUUCUUUAUAAGCAGGAGAUGUCACAUUUAUUGCUUGCUGGAUUAAGUUAGCUCUGUGAGGAGAUCAUGUAAACAUCCUCCAUGGAGUAUUUUAAUGACACUGUCAAUGAAGUUUUUGUUAGUCACAGAUGCUGUUCUGCUUCUUUAACCCAUGCUUUCCUAACCUGAUAGGUAGAUAUUAUAUCACACUGUCAUACCUGAGUUACCCCCACCUGUCCUGGUGAUCUAAUCCUAUAUCUGUUUACUGCUUUCUACGAACAUGCUUUAUAUUCUUUGUUUUAUGGAUGUUUUUUCACUGUUUUAUGUAUAAACUGUAUAUAAAUAUAUAUAUUAACAGUGCUUUAUGACUGCCUGAGCAUGGAUGUUGUAUUACACUCUUCAUUACACUCUGCUUGUUUGUCUUAUAUCAGACUGAACCAGAUAACAGAGAGCUUUAGUGUUAGCAUCACCUCAUCCCUGUUGUCUCUGCUUCACGUCCACAUAGCUGUGUGACGUCUGCAGAACUGACUGCAGGAGGAGUGGACCUUGAACGCAGCUCAAUUGCUUUAAGAAAAACUGCAAUUUAUCUCUAAAGUUGAAGGAUGUUAUUUAGAAGAAGAAAUAAGUUGCAUCAAGUUAAAUGAAGUCAAGUCCUUACAAACCUUACUUUGGCACUAAACACACAAAUUCAAGCUCCCGGGCUGGUUAAGUCUGGCUGUGCCUCAGACUUUAAAAUCAGCACCAACACUUCUUGUGUCAGGCGCUGCAGCCUUGUUGGUUUGAGUUCAGGAAUGUGUUUGAAAUAUUUCUGGGAACCUCCUCCAGUGUGAUCUCUCUAAGUUCAAAAAGAAACAUUCAAAGGGGAGUCUUAAAGAGAAAAAGGAAUUUAUUGAAUGCCACUGCGCUUUUAUUUUUGCAGUAACACCAUUUACAACAAACGUGUCUUUAUAGAAGAGACACAUUUGCAGUCAGGGUCUCAGCAGACUGAAGCAUGUUUCAAAGUUUCCAUAUCUGGUUCAGCCUGCUCCUUGUCUCAUUGUUCUGUCCUGUCAUCCCAACAUUGUACUAACCUUCAUCAUUGUCAUGAUUCAUGUAAUGACUGUUCUCAGUGUAGGCCUGAUUUGCACUAAGUGUUUUCUGUCCUGCUAAUGAUAAUAAGCUGUUAGUUUGACCCUGAAUGCUUUCCAGAAACAAUUGAGUUUGUGUUAGCGUUCAUGACAGAUCAGGGCAGAGACUUUAUCAUGAAUAUAGAACUACAAGAAAACUGGAACUUUUUUAAGUUUAAGUUAAGUUUCUCUUAGUGGAAUUACAAAGUCAAUAUAAAGCUUUGAUUCAAGCAAAAAUGCAAAGUAGUGCGUUUGGUGUAUCAGUACGAUUAAAAUUAUUCCAACACAAGCAAGAAAUGUGCGUAAUGCCAUGUUCGGAGAGCAUCCAGUAUCUCCCUAAAGUCCUGUCAUUUGAGCUUGUGAGCCAAACUCCAUUUAAAAAACAAGCAUUUUAAGAGUCAUUUGCGUGACAUUUUACAGACUGACCCUACACAUUUUCUACACAACUGUGCCAUGACAGUUAUUUCAGCAUCCUUUCUACUUUGUAAAACAGUGAAAUCUGUCUAUUGUGGGGUCAUAGCACUGUAGAAAGCCAAACUUCAGCUGACGUGUAACCUAUUAGAUGGUCAAACUUAAGUAAAGCAACGCCAUUAUUAGUUUAGUUCAUGAUUUGAACACAGCUCAAAGUAGCUAGUCCAGGAUCUCUCACCCCCGGCCAAGAAAAGGUUUCUGCAUGAAGCUCCCUUUAAUCCCUGGCUUCUUGUAAUUAUCACCUGAUGUAAACCAGUGUUAAGGAAGUAUGUACGUGUUUUGUGUCUGUUCUCUGAAGGUUCAUUUUAACCCUCUCAGGCCGAUUGUAGUGCUGGGUUUUGUCUUGUUUGGUAUCAGGCAGCACAGUCAAACCAACAGCUACACUCUCACCUGUCAGCUGGGGUUCAGCAGGUCAGGAGGAUCAUGCCUGGCAGCUGAAUAUGCCGCUUCUGCACCCAUCACAGGCAAGAACAUAUUCUGUCCUGAUGUCUGAUCCCGCUGGUCUCAGCUGCAGCUUUAACACACACUCACACUCAGUCACAUCAUCCUGUGUAACCUCAACAUUAUCACCGUCGCCAACUAAAACCUGUCUUGUUAACAUCUCAUACUUAAACUGAGAACCAGUAAAAGUGUCUUGUAAUAUUUACAGCUCUUAUGUAUUGUACUAAUGAAAUCAUGAAGGCUGUAGAAAGACAAUGUAUGCCUUUUUUCUCAUGUAUUGUGAUAACUUGUCUGGUACGUUGUAAAAGGAGGUCUGCACAGAGUGUGUGGGGGGGGGGGGAUUAUGUGGCAGUGUCAACUGUGAGGAGGUCAAAUGUUUAACCCAUCAGUUUCUGACUGACCGGUCCAUGAAGCUGCCUUUUGAAUCUGACACUCAGGACACACUGCCUGUAUUCUGAACCUCACUCUGCUCCUGUAGACUUUGGUUUGCCCAGAUAUAAAGGGAUUAAAUGUACUUUACAAAUAAAA